AUGGGUCAGAUGGACGGAAUGGUCGCAAUCGUUACCGGCGCCAGCCGGGGGCUCGGGCGGGCCAUAGCCAGGGCGUACGCCGGGGAAGGCGCCAGCGUCGUUAUAUCUGCCCGACGCCAGUCCCCAACCGGCCUGGCGGGGACCCUGGAAGAGACGGCGACCGCGAUCAGGAACGCCGGCGGAGACGUACUCGCCAUUGAUUGCGACGUGACCGACGAGGCCCAGGUCAAUGAGAUGGUCCGCCAGGCGAUGCAGCGUUACGGCAAGAUCGACGUGCUGUUCAACAACGCCGGCGCCAUGGUGCUGGGUGAGUCAAUCAUGGAGAUCGAUGCCAAUCGCUGGGAGCAGCUCAUGCGGGUCAACGUGACCGGCCCGAUGGCCACCGACCCCAACCAGGGCGGCGGCGUCCUCUACAGCGCCAGCAAGGCGGCGGUCCACAUGUUCAGCUACUGCCUGGCCGAGGAGGUGCGGGACCACAACAUCGCCGUGAACAUCCUGAGCCCCGGCGGACUGCGCAGCGAAGGUUCGGCCGCAAUUCCAUGGACACAGCGCGAUUGGCACGAGCGGGUGGACCCCAGCGCCCUGGGUCCCUGCGCCGUGUACCUGGCCCUCCAGGACGCCACUACCUUCACCGGGCAACUGGCUUCCCGCUUCGAUUUCGGCACCACUUGGGGCCCCGGCGUCAGGUAG